AUGGGUGUCAAUAUUCCUGAUGUCUGUUACAUAAUCAUACGGGGAGCAGCACGUAGCAUUCUAGACCUAUAUCAGGAAGCUGGAAGAGCAGGCAGGGAUAGCCUACAGUCCCAUUUAAUCGUUAUCUAUCAUGGACAGCUGAUACGUCCAGUGAACAAGAGGUGAAGAACUUUGUUAAUUGUAAGGAAUGUCUGACAGUGGCAGCAUAUCAGUGAUUAGACCCAGAGAUUAAGCUAUUAAAUCCCGUGCAUAACUGUUGCAGCUAUUGCAACAGUACUAAGUGUGGAAGAAUCUCUUGUAAAGUCUCUGGAAAUGUUCUGCCUUUUGAGAGUGAUGGAGGUAAAUAAAACAUCCCAGAAACAACUUGACGGCUGACAUGCAAAGUAACUACACGAGAUUGCAAAUAUCUCAAAUCUGCUUUGGAGGAGGUGUUUCAAGAAAUUAAGGUUUAAAGUUCAGAAUUAAACGUUAUAAAAGGUUUCACUUUGGAAAAACAAAAAUAGGAAAUUGAAAACGUGCGGAUUUAUGAACGCAACUUUUUUAUUUAUCAGAACUCAAAGCAUGAGGAAACUACUCUUUUCCAGGGGAAAGUGGCUGUCAUCACUGUCAAAAGGAACCAAUUCAAGUGGGGCUGGAAAGUUCGCUAUAGACCCUGUCCAUCAGGUGGUGAACUCCCUGCACUCAUCUCUCACAGGUGAGACUCCAUUCUUGUCUCAGGAGGCUCAACCUAAGCAAGUCUUCACCUCCACUAGUUCACCCAUAGAUGCCUGGGUCCUGGCUAAACUAAAGACAAAAAUUUGGGAGGAGACCUACAUUGAUUUUGGGUCCAUACUAACUAACCCUGCUAGAGAGGGUUGA